CUCUAACAUUAUAAAACACACUUAUUAUUUAUCUCAUAAUCAGAAUAAACACUAAGGGAUAAAUAUUUUAUUACUGUUAUUUUAAUUUAAUAUUUUAAUUAUUUUAUAACUGUAUGUUGUGGCAUUUCACUGUAAACUGAGUAACUCCAGGAUGUUAGAACAUCCAGUCAUGUUUCUUGGAUUUCUUUACAAAUGUAUAGAUAUAAUAAAUUGUUUAUCUGUGUGUGUGUGUGUGUGUGUGUGUGAAGAUCUUGUUGGAAUAUAAACUACUGUAUAAACUAAAUAUCCAGCAAGUCUCCAGACACACACACACGUGACACAUGUCUUCAUUUACAUUUACAUUUCUGGUAUUUGGCAGACGCUCUUAUCCAGAGCGACAUACAAAAGUGCUUUACGUCUCUAUCAUUGAAAACAUUCACACUGGUUCAGACUCAGGAGACCAUUAGCCUAAAAUUGGAUGUCUGUUUUUUUAAACAUAUAACAAUAUAUAAACAGGGGAAGAUAAGAGCUAGUUUAAGUGCUUCAGGAAAAGGUAGGUCUUCAGACGUCGUUUGAAGACAGCUGUGCGGACAUCUAGGGGAAGUUCAUUCCACCGCCUCGGUGCCAGAACAGAGAAGAGUCUAGAUGAAUACCUACCUUUUACCCUGAGAGAUGGUGGGACCAGAGGAGCAGUGCUAGUGGAUCGGAGGGAGCGAGGAGCAGUACGAGGAGUAAUAAGGUCUUUGAGGUAAGAUGGUGCUGGUCCAUUCUUGGCUUGGUAGGCAAGCAUCAGUGUUUUGAAUCUGAUGCAGCUGCCAGAAGCCAGUGGAGGGAACACAGCAGUGGGGUGGUGUGGGAGAACUUAGGCAGGUUAAAAACAAGCCAUACAGCUGCAUUUUGGAUCAUUUGCAGUGGACGAAUUGCAUUCAGAGGAAGACCUGCCAGUAAAGAGUUGCAGUAGUCCAGUCUCAAAAUGACCAGAGACUGAACAAGUACUUGAGCAGCCUGUGUGGAUAGGAAUGGUCGGAUCCUUCUGAUGUUGUACAGAAGAAACCGACAUGAGCGUGUCACAUUGGCAACAUGGGAGGAAAAGGACAGUUGAUUGUCCAUGGUUACCCCAAGGUUGUGAACGGUGGCUGAAGGGGAGAUCAUAGAGUUGUUCAGAGAUAAUGCAAGAUCCCUGUCUGGGGAUGAAACACCUGGGAUAACCAGCAGUAUGCCUCGGGAUGGGUAGAAGAAGGGAAACAAUGGAACAGCAUUAGCGUAGCUGCUGUUCAUAAUAUUAGCAGUACUAGAUGAUAAAGUGCAUUUAAUCAGAUGUACUGGAGCACAAGGUUAUGGGAUGUUAGAUGUAUGCCAGGAUAAAGAGAUAAGUCUUUAGUCUACAUUUAAACUGGGAGACUGUGUCUGAGCCCCGAACACUGUCAGGAAGACUAUUCCAAAGUUUAGGAGCUAAAUACGAAAACACUCUACCCCCUUUUGUGGACUUUGAUAUUCUGGGAACUACUAGAAGUCUGGAAUUUUGUGAUCUUAAAGAGCGUGGUGGAUUGUAAUGUGUUAGAAGACUGGAGAGAUAGGUGGGAGCUAAACCAAUUAGAGCCUUGUACGUGAGUAGAGCUAAUUUAUAGUCAAUUCUAAGUUUAACAGGUAGCCAGUGCAGGGAUGAUAAUAUUGGGGUUAUAUGAUCAUAUUUUCUUGAUCUGGUAAGAACUCUGGCAGCUGCAUUCUGGACUAACUGUAGCUUGUUUAUUGAAGAUGCAGGACAAACACCUAGUAAUGCAUUACAGUAGUCCAGUCUGGAGGUCAGGAAUACAUGAACUAGUUUUUCUGCAUCAGAUACAGAUAAAAUGUUCCUAAGCUUGGCGAUAUUUCUAAGAUGGAAGAAGUUUUUGUGAUAUUGGAAAUAUGAUUUUUAAAGGACAAGUUGCUGUCUAAUAUUACACCCAGGUCUUUCACUGUAGAGCUAGUAGUAACAGUACUUCCUUCUAGGUGCAAGCUGAAUUGCGAGAGCUUCUGUGUACUGGUUUUUGGACCAAUAAGUAAUAUCUCUGUCUUAUCAGAAUUUAGUAAUAGAAGAUUAUCGGUCAUCCAAUCUCUAAUAUCUUUAACACACUCAGUUAAUCUAGACAGAUUAGAUAUUUCAUCUUGUUUUGAUGAGAUAUAUAACUGGGUAUCAUCGGCAUAACAAUGGAAACUAAUCCCAUGCCUUCUAAUGAUGUUACCCAGUGGAAGCAUGUAUACCGAGAAAAGCAGAGGUCCUAAAACUGACCCUUGUGGGACCCCGUAUUUCACUGGCACUACACUGGACAGUUCUCCAUUUAAAUCUACAAAGUGGUAUGGAUCAGACCGGUAGGAUCUAAACCAUUUUAAUGCCUGUCCCUGCAUACCCGUGUGAUUUUGUAAGUGAUCUACGAGAAUGUUAUGAUCUAUAAAUGUACAUGUGACUUACCUGAGCAGGUUUUUACUGCAUUUAAUUGACCAGUUGUCUCACGCGUUGAUUAAAGGGACAUGCGGACAGUGGAAUGUUUAUGUUGUAGCUCAGGAAAAUUCUGUUGUUUGUAUGCAGCUGUGUCCUGCAGGGGGCGCUAGAACCUUCUGGAUCAUUCUCUAUGGACAACAUGACAAAGGACGGUCAGAGACUCCAGCUCUCUGACCUGAGAGAGGAAAGCUGUAGAGAUCUGUCCUCAGUUCUCAGCUCCGUCUUCUGCAGACUGAGAGAACUGGACCUGAGUAACAAUCAGGAUUCAGGAGUGAAGCUGCUCUCUUCUGGACUGAAGGAUCCACAAUGUACACUGGAGAUACUUAGUUUGUGUUGGUGUGAUCUCUCAGAGGAAAGCUGUAGAGUUCUGUCUUCACUUCUCACUUCAAACUCGUCCAGUCUGAGAGAACUGGACCUGAGAGGCAGCAAACUGCAGGAUUCGAAAAUUAAAGAGCUCUGUGCUGGACUGAAGGAUCCACACUGUAACCUGGAGACUCUCAGGUUGUGUUGUUGUGAUCUGACAGAGGAAAGCUGUAGAGAUCUGUCGUCAGUUCUCAGCUCCAUCUCCUGCAGACUGAGAGAACUAGACCUGAGUAACAAUCAUCUGCAGGAUUUAGGAGUGAAGCUGCUCUCUGCUGGACUGCAGGAUCCACACUGUACACUGGAGACACUGAGGUCAUAUCAUCACUUCAUCACUGGUGAUAGACUUUUUAAAAAUUGUUCUUGUUUUCCUUCAGCUGCUCCUGUCCUGUCGUCUCAGGAUAGAGAGUGCACUUGGACGAGUGAGAGCACAGAGGAAAGCUGUAGAGAUCUGUCGUCAGUUCUCAGCUCCAUCUCCUGCAGACUGAGAGAACUAGACCUGAGUAACAAUCAGCUGCAGGAUUCAGGAGUGAAGCUGCUCUCUGCUGGACUGCAGGAUCCACACUGUACACUGGAGACACUGAGGUUGUAUGGUUGCUCUCUGACUGAUGAAAUCUGUAGAGAUCUGUCCUCAGUUCUCAGCUCAAACUCCAGGCUGAGAGAGCUGGAGCUGACGGAUAAUAAGCUGCAGGAUUCUGGAGUGAAGCUGCUCUGUGCUGGACUUCAGGAUCCACACUGUAAACUGGAGAUACUGAGGUUGUGUUUGUGUGAUCUCUCAGAGGAAAGCUGUAGAGAUCUGUCCUCAGUUCUCUGCUCGUCCAGGCUGAGAGAACUGACCCUGUGGGAUAAUAAGCUGCAGGAUUCAGGAGUGAAGCUGCUCUCUGCUGGACUGCAGAAUCCACACUGUACACUGGAGAUACUGGAACUGACACGCUGCAGUAUUACAGGUGAAGGCUGUGCUGCUCUGGCUUCAGCUCUGAGCUCGAACCCCUCAUCACACCUGAGAGAACUGAACCUGGACUACAAUAAACCAGGAGAAUCAGGAGUGAAGCUUCUCUCUGAUCUACUGCAGGAUCCACACUGUACACUGGAGAUGCUACAUAUGAAAUAAAGAGACACGCCUCCUGAAGAAGAACUUGAGAUGAAACACUCCUGAAUUUCUGCAAUGAAGUUUAAUUAUGAAACACGACAGUGUGCAUAAUGUGUUCAGUCUGUUAAUGUGUGUGUGUGUGUGUGUGUGUGUGUGUACAAGUGUUAUACUUUUACUUUCUUUUAUUGCUUUACAAAAGUCUAGAAAUAUAGAAGGUUUAAAAUAUAAUUUAAAGUUAUUAUUUAUCUUUAACAUUUAUCCCUAAUGAGAAGCCUGAGGUGAGGGUGGUGAGGAAAAACUCUCUGAGAUGAUCGGAGGAAGAAACCUUAAGAGGAACCAGGCUCAGACGGGGACCUCAUCCUCAUCUGGGUGACACUGGACAGGAAAUAAUGUAAAUGUAAUUAAUGUCCAUUCUACAACAGCAACCAAGAGCUCCUGAGGAACUGAUAGGUCAGGGUAGUUUCUGAGGUCAUUAUAGACUUAUCUGUAAUUCCUUCCUGCUGACCAGUGCAGCUGCAGUUCAGAGCCGGUGUGAUGGUCUCCGAGAGGCUCUGUUGAGUCCUUCAUUAAUUCUUCUAAACUUCUCUCUCAGGUUAGAUUUCAGCUUUAUCUGAUACAGGUGAGGUGUGAUAAGUGAAGGAUAUCGUGUCAAUCACAUCUGAUGAGGACAAAAUAAAAGUACGUUCCUGAGCAGUGACAGCGGGUGCUAAAAAAUUUUGGCGGGGCAAACAAACUUCAAAUAAAACAGUUAGUAAUGCUGGACAGUAACUAGCCACUGAUCAGGUGAUUCUGUAUCAUUACUGCUAAAAUAAAAUACUGAAGACGGUACUGUUAAAGCAUGCAAUAAACCUACUGAAUCAGUG